AUGAAUCUCUCGCUUUUCGCUUUUAUAUUUUUGGUGGCAGCAGGUAACACUCUCAAACCUUCUUCUUGGCGAUAACUUUUUCCAAUUUGCAGUGUCCAGUAUCUCUUUGGAUGAGAGUAAGGACUAUUCGAGCAGCUCCAGUGAGGAAGCGCACAGACGUCAUUUUAACGACGACGAAGACCCGGGAGACGAUGUUGUGCCGGCUUCAGAUCCACGGCCACGGUCACCAGCUCCUCGGCCACGGCCAGCGCCUCGACCAGCGCCAGGCUCGCAAGCUAAAUGUCCAGCCGGCUGGACUCGAGUUCAGCGGAAAGUCGGCGGAUGGUGCGUGAAGGUUUUCAAGGGAGUCGUGAAUCAAGCCCAGGCCGAGAAUGCGUGUAAUUCGCACGGAGCAGUACUUUCGGGAGUGGAGACCAAUCAGGAAAGACAAACGAUCGCAGGGCUGGGGAAAGAUGUGAUGGUGCCGACUGGAUGGAAGUACGGAACGCUGAGAACGGGACUGAGGAGGAACACCAAGAAGAGUGUGAGUUGGGAGGGAACUCGUGUCGUUCUGAUUGAAAGUGAAUUCUCAGGCAUGGACCAUCACCGACGGGUACGCCAGCGGAAUGCAAGGAGUUGUCUGGAGCGCCGGACAGCCUGGAAACGGAAGUACUCAGUAAGUCAAUGACACUUUUCCACCUAGACCGUCUGAAAUUUCACAGUGGCUACCCGAACAACUGCGGUUUGAUGUGGAUUUGGGUGACGGGCGGAAAACAGGUCAAAAAGCGCGAGCACGGAAAGUUCUUCUCGAUGAUUUGCCCGAAAACAUGGAACGAUCGGUUCAGAGGAUAUGUUUGCGGAAAACUGGCAGCCUGA